AUGCCCACGCACGGGGUAAAAUCGAGCGCCGAAGAGCGCAAACGGGGCGAAAUAGCUCUUAGCGAAUUCGCCGAGUAUGCCGAGAAACAGCAAUCCCACCGAUCUGCGGUGGUCGCGCCUAGUGACAGCGGGUACUCAACGGGUGGCAUGUCGCGGGACUUGGAUGACCAUGCUGAACUCGAGAUUCUCGACCAGCUCGGCCUGUCGGAUGCACCCCGUACGGCCAAAUUGAAGGACCUGCUCCUUGGCACGGGCGAUGACACGGACGAUCAGCUACAGGAUCUCGCGAGCGUAAUACAAACCCGCGUUGACGAGGGGUUGGGCGAAACCAUAUUCGACCUGGGUCUCGAGGACGGCGGUGAUUCAAUGGGGUUCGACUUGUCGCAGUGGGAAACUGCGCUUCAGCGUCUACGUGAAGCCACCGAGACAAUACCAGCGCAUUGCCGGGUCCUUCUCACUUACAAUGUCGGAGGGCCUGAAGAGGCGUCAUCUAAGAACGAGCGGAUGAAGGACUGUUGGGGGAAGGUGCUCAUUCGGCAAAGUGCCAACAACAUGGAGGAUAUGGCCGAGAUUCGAAUGGCAGUCGUGGGCAAUGUGGACGCAGGCAAGAGCACCAUGCUUGGUGUCCUCGUGAAAGGGGGCCUUGACGACGGCCGUGGGAAAGCUCGAGUCAAUCUUUUCCGGCACAAACACGAGAUCGAGAGCGGACGAACUAGCUCGGUCGGUAUGGAGAUUAUGGGAUUCGACAGCCACGGUGAUAUCGUCAGCAAUACCUCGGGCCGCAAGCUUACUUGGGAGGAGAUCGGGAAACGGUCUGCAAAGGUGAUCUCCUUCUCUGACCUUGCAGGCCACGAGCGCUACUUGCGCACUACUGUCUUUGGGAUGCUGAGCAGCAGCCCGAACUACUGUCUACUGAUGGUGGCGGCGAAUAACGGCCUGAUCGGGAUGAGCAGGGAGCACCUGGGGAUUGCUCUGGCGCUCAACGUGCCUGUCAUGGUGAUUGUCACCAAGAUCGACAUCUGCCCGCCUCAGAUUCUACAAGAAACGUUGACCCAACUGUCUAAAAUCCUCAAGUCCCCUGGUGCGCGCAAAAUCCCUAUCUUCGUCAAGGAUAUGGAGGAGACCAUCGGUACAGCAGCACAGUUCGUCAGCCAACGGAUAUGUCCGAUUUUCCAGGUCUCCAACGUCACCGGCCAGAACAUUGAAUUAGUUCGAACCUUCCUGAAUAUUCUGCCUUACCGGGGCCAUUACGACCAGAGUGCACCCUUCGAACUUUUGAUCAACGACACCUUCUCUGUUCCUCAUGUUGGUACCGUGGUGUCCGGGGUGGUCAAGUCUGGAAUGAUCCAUGCAGGCGACUCAGUUGUGGUGGGGCCUGACUCGCUCGGCCAAUUCACCAACACCGUCAUCAAAUCAAUCGAGCGGAAGCGAAUUUCUGUGAACAUGACCGCUGCAGGCCAGUCCGCGUCUUUUGCACUGAAGCGCGUUCGCCGCAAGGAAGUACGCAAGGGAAUGGUCGUCCUGAAGAAGAUGGACAACCCACCCGAAGUACAUCGCGAAUUCGUGGCAGAAGUUCUAAUUUUGUCGCACGCCACCACUAUCAAGCCCAAGUACCAGGCGAUGCUCCACGUAGGAGCGGUCAGUCAGACCUGCUCCGUCAUUGACAUUGACCGCCCAUUCAUCCGCACCGGCGAUCGAGCGCUUGUUGCUUUCCGAUUCAUCCAAAGGCCUGAGUUCUUGGCUGUCGGGGACCGGGUGCUUUUCCGUGAAGGCAAAACGAAGGGUCUUGGCAUCGUCAAGAGUAUCGGUUACGACCCCAACCAGCCAUUAGGCGGCCCUAAGCCUGAGGAGGCUCCAUCCCCGAUCCCCCAGCCACCAAAGCAUAAGCUAAGGGCGCACUACGACUUAAACAGUUAG